ACUUCUUAUUUCUCUUAUGUCUUGCAGAACCAUGAUAAGUCCCAGAACAGUUUAUUUUGUAUACUUUGCAUUGCUCUUCGGAACGCCACCUGCUAAAGCCACAAAUAAGAACAACACAACACCAGUCACAUCAGUCAAAAGAACAGAAGACACAACUAUGAUAAAUGACAAAAAUGGCACACCACCAACAUCCAACAUUAACAGACAGACCACCGAACUAAACUCUGCAGCGACAACAAAUAAACAAUCAGUCUGCACUCAGGCCACUACUAAACCCAAGGAAGGACACUGUAUUUUCUUUCUACCAACUGGUAAAGAUAACCUGCAACUGAUUGUGGUUGCUCUCACAGUGGGCUGCUUGGCAUUGUUGCUGACCACACUGAUAUGUGCCUGCCAGGUUUGUCACCUGAGAGGAAUUAUCUCUAGUCUCCAGCAUCGUUAUGACAACAUUGACCGACAUGCCGUAAGAGAGAAGAGUGAAUCGCCAUGCAGGGAUGAAGGCCAAGUGGACGGGCAGCCAACUGAGACCUGCCUUCUGCUAUCAGAGGUCACCACAGCACAAGAGGAGAGUAAAGAGGAUGAGGAGAACAAGACUGAGCCCUGCACUGAGCCGCCUGUGAAGGACACAAAUGGAGACAUCACACAAGAGAACAGUCUUGAGCCUGAUGCAAAAGCACCAGAGAGCUCCGACACAGGGGUGUGAUCAUGAUCAGACACUUAACAAAUGGGUGUCACACAACUCCCCCGGUGGCAUUUAAAGUCUGCACCUGCUUAAGCUUUAACUGUUAUCUACUGCAUAAGAUUCAGGAAGAAGGUUUGAAAUCUGAAUGUAUAAAAUUAUAUAUAAACAAAAGCACUGAAAAUACUGCAAAUAAGCCUUUGUCACUCUCAACAUUGUUUUUCUUCAUUUAGCCUAUAACAAUAUUGUAUGGCCAUGUUUCAAAUGUGUGCAUUUAUGUUGUCUGUAUUUUAAAUAAUG